AACCAGCCAAAGUCCUGUUGAUAUGAGUCACCGUUCUCGGGCGUCCAGGGCACGGCAGCAUGUCCACUGUGAUACCUGCUACAGCCGGCGCUGCAGGGUUCGGGUGGAGGUCUCUGUGUGCUGCGCGGUCACCCCCUGCCGCCUGCUUUGCGGCGCUCUCUUCCACCUGUGCAAAGAAGAGGAUCACCUGCUGCUCUGCCCUAAUGUGAGGGUGCCCUGCAUCAAUGCGGCGUACGGCUGCCCUGUUCACCUGCCUCGCUCCUCACAGGCAGCUCACCUGCAGGUGUGCCCGGCCAGCGUGGUGUGCUGCACCAUGGAGUGGCUCCGCUGGCCAACUGAUGACACAAACCCACAUAGCCACAAAGCCCUGAAUGACAACUUGUUGAAGGAAAGUGAGGGACACGAGGAGGCUCUGGAUCUUGCCAUGGCCCUGGUUGAUCAGGCAGACCUUUACAACCGUCUAAAAAUGAAGCCGCUGUAUCCGGAGCUGAUGGAGGAAGAAGAGGAGGAAAUACGUGAUGAGAUGAAAGAGGAAGCAGCAGUCGGAGGGUUUGUCAAUGACGGUGUAAUCGAAGAUACCAGUGAAGGACUUCUUAAAAACACCUCCUGUGAGCAUAUUGUUGCUGCAGAGACUGUACCAAACAGUGCUCUGCGAGUUUCAGGUAUCAACAUAGACAAAUACAACCUGUUUGAGAUGAUGUUCAGCAUGGAGAAAGGCGGCUGUGAGGCCGCUCAGGAAAACCUGAACAAACCCAAGCAAAACCCAAAACCUGGAGAGAAGGAGAAAACCCAGAGUGGCAGAAAUCCAAACGGGGCUGAGAGGCAGGACCACGGAGACGCAGAGAAAGACAGCUCUGCUGCAGCCAAAAACUGCCCCCCACCAGACACAAGUAAGACUGGGCUGGCCCCGUGGCAGGAGGGGGUGAUGGACCGUCUGGGGCAGGAGCUCACGCCACAUGAGUACAACAUGUACUUGGUGCAUCAUGGCCGCAUGCUGCUGGCCUUUGGGCAAAUCGAGGCCUGUACCCCAAGGGAUAAAGACUUUGUGUACGGCAGCCUGGAGCCUAUUCCAGUCCAGACACUGCGCUCAUUCAAGGUCCCUGACAGCUACCACUACAGACGGCGAGUUCACCUCUAUGACACGGCUGCACGGGUUAAGACCGAACCUCGUGGUGUGGACACGUCAGACCUCGAGGUCAAAGAAGAUGAAUGGUUCAGUGAUGAAGCAGCAACUACCCUACUGGGGUACGCUGAGCAGGAGGUCAUGGGUCACAAGAUCAGCGAGUCUAAAGCAUAUGAUGGGCUCUACAUCGAUGUGGGAACGCAGACUCACUCGUUCCGCUCGGCUCCUUUUAAAGGGAAGACGACCCUGGCCGAGGUGAUGGUGGACAGACCGCUGAAGCUUCAUCUGCAGCUGCAAGUGGAGAGUGUGAACAGCAGACACAACAGAGCCAGCUGUGUCUUCACCUUCCUCUGCGGUCACACGUUCCACCGCAGAGAGUUCGCCACACAUGUCAGGAACGUGCACAGUGACAUCCACACGUGUCUGAGUGGUUGGUUUGAGCAGAGAUGCCCCCUCGCAUAUCUGGGGUGCACCUACAGUCAGAGGAGGUUUCAUCCCUCCACACAUAAAGCUACCGUCACCUUCAAUAAGGAGCUGAGGAGUUUUAACUUGCGUCCGACAUUUGAAGCCUCAGUAUGCGACAAUUCACCCGCGAGCAGAGAAGGAAGUGGGAACUCUCUGAGCUCUCUUCCCUACGAGGUGCUGUGCCACAUGGCCAGUUUCCUGGACAGCCUGUCCCUCUUCCAGCUUGCCCUGGUGUCCCGCCUGAUGAGGCAGGUGUGCUCGUCUCUGCUUCAGGAAAGAGGGAUGGUCACUCUCCGCUGGGAGAAGAAAACCUAUUUGCACGGGGGAACCAAGUGGAGAGCCAAGCCUGUUUGGGAGUUCAGUCAUCUCUUCUCCUCAGUGGAUUCGUGGCAUAUGGCUGACAUCCCUCCAAUAUCUGCUCAUCUAAAAGUCUGUCCUUACUACGAGGUCUCUCCGCACAGUAAGCCCGUUCCCCUCCCCAGCAUGAGUGAGAAACAGAGGUGCAGCCAGAAGCGUCUGAGCCUUCUCAACCAUUUCACAGGAAACAGAUGA